AUGUCUUUUGUUAGUCAGUUUCUGAAGAAGAAACCAGAUGUUUUGGGAACUCUGGAAGUUUCUAAAAAGUUUAUGGAGCAUUUUCCCAAGAAGAAGACCAUAAACAAACUACUAUUUGAUUUAAAUAGUCGUCUCACAUAUAAAAAACUGUAUCCCAUCUAUGUGGGAUUAUACCAUGGUGUUCCUGUACCGCAGCAGCAGAAGUUACUUGAUGGAGUCAAGGGUUCUGACUUGAUUGUAAUGCGCAAUGUGCUGGAGAAAGUACGAAACAGGACUAGAUAUGCUCGACCCGAUAUGCUAAAGCUGGAAGAUAAGCUGUUAGAACUUGCUGCUGAGCUAGGGAAUAACGAUGCCAUCGCAAUUUUGUCAUUUAGAUCCAUCAGAGAGAACAUGGGCACUAACAGCGCUGCUGAGGCAAAUAAUGAAGAAGUAACUAUAGCGAAGAAACUUUUCAAAGACUUGUACAAUAUUAAUCACUUGCUUGCAAUCAAAUUGUUAGGCGAUCUCGCCCUCGAAGCUAAUAACUGGGAAGAAGCGCUCACUUUUUACAAUAAAUACAUAAACAUUGCUGUCAAAGAUAAUGGCCACUUACUCACCGGCAAUGAUGACUUAACAGGUGAGGUUUAUGGUAAAUUAGGCGAGAUAGAAUUUACAUAUUUGGCGAACAUGACCAAAGCAGAGGAAUAUUGGCAAAAAUGUUUGGAACUUACUUCAGUCGAGGAUUCAGUGCGAUGGUAUUUCUUGGCCGCCCAAAUAUAUAUGAGUUCAGAGCCUCUAAAAUCCCGAAUACUUCUAGAGAAGGCUGCAUCGCAGGGAUUUAAAGAAUCAUUAACAUCUUUAGGUUUUCUAGAAAUGAACUAUUUUAGAGACUAUGGACGGGCGAAGGAGUGGUUCAAACUUGGCAUGGAAGUAUUUGAAUUACAAAGCUAUAUUGGCUUCUUUGACUGCUGUGUAAAAAAUGAGGAUUGGAUUGCCGCUCUAAAAUGUCUUAAGUCUAUAGAGAAGAUUGGUACAAUGGAGAGCUUUGGUUCUGAUAAUACAAAUAAGGCUACAGUAUCCAACUUUAUGAACUCAAGAGCGGAAUUUAUCGACAAAGUAAGAUUAAAGUCAGCAUUAGUCUAG